AUGGAUCAUGUUGAGCGAGCCGCCGGUUCUUCCACGACGGAAGCCGGGUCAGCAGCUGUUCCUGAGGUGGAACAGACCAACGAACCUCGUGAAGAGACGACCGAGCCGCAACCUGAUACUCUACUUGUGACCUGGAACGGUGACGAUGACCCCGACCACCCGUACAACUGGAAAACGCCUCUGAAAUGGGCCAUCACGCUCCUCCUCUCGUUUGGCGGCCUCGUCACCCUCAUGUCCGGUGCCAUGCUGGCACCCGCACUCCAAGACAUCGCACACGACUUCAACACCAGCGAAAAUAGUGCUCAGAUAUUCCUAUCUAUCUACGUUCUUGCCUUCGCAUUCGGCCCGAUGGUCUUGGCACCGUGCACCGAGGUGUUUGGUCGACGACCGGUCUGGCUCAUCUGCGCGUGCUACUACAUCGCAUGGAACACGGCGGCCGGGUUCAGUAAAUCCUCUGGAGUGCUCAUCCUCUGUCGCAUUAUGUCUGGCAUCGGCGCCAGUGCCGAGUUUGCAGUCAGCAACCCCGUGCUGGCCGACAUCUGGACGCCUGAGCAGCGCGGCAAGUCGUAUGCAAUCUCAACCUUUCUGCCUCUCCUGGGUCCUGCUCUGGGGCCCAUCAUCGGCGGUGCCGUGACGCAGACGAUUGGUUGGCGAUGGAUCUUCUACAUUCUGUCCAUUUACGACGGUCUUCUCGUCAUCGCCGGCUUCUUCCUGCUCCCCGAAACAUACAAGGUCAUCCUGCUGGAGAAGAAGGCAAAGAAGCUGCGCAAGGAGACUGGCCAGGCCUACUACACCAGCGAAAGCCACGAGAAGCUUUCCGCAAGGCUUUCGGUAUCUCUGACACGCCCAUUUCGUUUGCUCUUUACACACCCCACCAUCCAACUCAUGGGCAUCCUUCUCGCCUACAACUUUGGCCUGCUGUACAUUGUCCUGGCAACCUUUGCGACGCUAUGGAUUGACCGUUACCAGCAGAGCAAGCUGCAGAGUGGUCUGCACUACAUCGCAUUGGUCAUUGGCUACACAGUUGCUGCGCAAGUGGGAGCCUGGUUCAUGGACAAAAUCUGGGCGUACUUGAAGAAGCGCGCGGGUGGAAACAAGACGGCCCCCGAAUACCGCGUGCCGCUGAUGGCACCUGGCGCCGUUCUAGUCCUCAUCGGAAUCUUUGUAUACGGAUGGACGGCCCAGUACCGCGUAUUCUGGGUCGUACCUGAUAUCGGCAUCGCUAUCUUUGGCUGCGGCAUCAUCCUCAGCACUCAGGCGAUGCAAGCCUACGUCACGGAGUCGUACCUUGGCCACGUCGCAUCCGCCUCGGCGGCCUCGCAGUUCCUGCGCAGCAUCACCGGCUUUGCUUUUCCGCUCUUUGCGCCAUCGCUGUACCAGAACCUGGGCUACGGCUGGGGCAACAACGUCUUGGGCUUCGCGUUCCUGGUCCUGGCUGCGCCAGCGCCAAUUGUCCUGUGGCUGUUUGGCGCGAAAAUGAGAGCUAUUGGCAAGCACAAAUAG